CGGCCGCCGUCUCGGGGUAGCAUGGCCGUGAGCGCGGCGGCCGCCCCCGCCGCCGAGCCGCUGCCCCGCAGCAUCUUCAAGAAGUUCCUGGUGAUGCUCUGCUCCCUGCUGAUGUCCCUCUACGUCUUCUACUGCCUGGCUGACCGCUGCCAGACGCUGCCCGGACCCAUCAUCGCCGCCGGCGCCGCAUCAGAGGAGGACGAGGGCGGCGGCGGCGAGUUCCUGGGCGGCUCGGCCGAGCUGCCCCCCUGGCAGGCGGCGGCGGCGCGGCGCAAGCGGCUCCUGCAGCGGCUGAAGCAGCGGCGGCGGCGGCAGGAGGCGGCGCCGGGCGCGGAGGUGCCGGCCGGGGGCGGCGGGAGCCGGGCCGGCGGCUCGGGCGGCGGGGGCGGCGCGGCGGGCACGGCCGGCACCCUGGCUCUGCUGCUGGGCGAGGGCAGCAAGCGGCUGCCGCAGGCCAUCAUCAUCGGCGUGAAGAAGGGGGGGACGCGGGCGCUGCUGGAGUUCCUGCGGGUGCACCCCGACGUGCGCGCCGUCGGCGCCGAGCCCCACUUCUUCGACCGCAACUACGAGCGCGGACUCGCCUGGUACAGGGACCUGAUGCCCAGGACGCUGGAGGGGCAGAUCACCAUGGAGAAGACCCCCAGCUACUUCGUCACCAAGGAGGCCCCAGCCCGCAUCUCCUCCAUGUCCAAGGGCACAAAGCUCAUCGUGGUGGUGCGGGACCCCGUGACCAGAGCCAUCUCGGACUACACCCAGACGCUCUCCAAGAAGCCCGACAUCCCCACCUUUGAGAGCCUGACCUUCAAAAACAGGACUACGGGCCUGAUCGACACCUCGUGGAGCGCCAUCCAGAUUGGCAUCUAUGCCAAGCACCUGGAGAACUGGCUCCUCUACUUCCCCAUCGGGCAGAUCCUCUUUGUCAGCGGGGAGAGGAUGAUCAGCGACCCCGCGGGGGAGCUGGGCAGGGUCCAGGACUUUCUGGGCCUCAAGAGGAUCAUCACUGACAAACACUUCUACUUCAACAAAACCAAGGGGUUCCCGUGCCUGAAGAAGGCGGAAGGCAGCAGCAAACCCCACUGCCUGGGGAAGACGAAAGGCAGGACCCACCCUGACAUCGACCAGGAGGUGGUGCAGAGGCUGCGGGACUUCUACCGACCCUUCAACAUGAAGUUCUACCAGAUGACAGGGCAGGACUUCGGCUGGGACUGACGCUGAGAGAAAUAAUUUAAGAAAAGGAAAAUAUAAUAUAAUAUAUAUUUUUUUUACAUAUCAGUAGAGAGGGGGAAAAUACAGAAAAAAAAAAAUAAUAGCUGUGCUGAAACAUGAUUUGCUCUGAUUUAUUUUUUUCUUUUUCUUCUUUACACUGCUUUGUUUCCUUUCUUCUCUCAGAGAAGAGGUGCUGUGUCCAUCCAGAGAAGGAGGCUGUGAGCUGCAGCCUGGUCCUAUUGACAUGACCAGCUUCCCUCAACGGGCCCAAGGUUUAGCACUGCCUCUGUGAAAAAACACAGGUGCAAAGUUUUUAGAAGUGACAGGGGUGCUUGGGGUAGCUCAGGGUCUUCCUGAAAGUUCAGCCAGGUUUUGGCUUGCAAGUGCCAUUUUGGCCAGACCUCACCACUUUUGACAAUAAAACAAAGGUAGCUUAAUACCUAAUUUGGCUUUCCAAACGUUACCUUAGGGGAUUUUUUUAUAGCUUGAAACAUUUGGUGGAUUUUUCUUUCACUUAUCCAAUUUUUUGUUUUACUUUUACCCCCCCUUAAAUCAAGCUCUUUUCAUCAACCAAACUUAUUUUUCCCCUUAAGGAAGCCAAACCCAAUAAUCCUUUGUUUUGUUUUGAGACAAAAUAAUUCUGGUAGCCAAAAGUGAAAGAACACAAAAUGAUUCUUUGGACUCUCUAAUGAAAAUUGCCAGGUAGUCAAAAGGCCUCAUUCACAGGAGCUGGCUCUAAACCAGUUCCCUAUUGCAUCCCUUUUGCUCCUCUGACAGCAAAAUGGUUUUCUGAGGGGGUUGUUCUGAGGGGGGCCCAUCUGCAGGGAUCUGGGGGAUGGGAAGGAAGGUCCACACUGAGAUGAUGCUCAUGGCACACCUUGAAGGUGUUGGGGGACCCACCAUCCCACCAGGCAUAUGCAGGAAACUUCUUGGUGUCCAGUGGACAUGAUUUAAGCCAUAAUGAUGAAUGUUUUAAGUUGGGAGGAGGAAGGGUUGGUUGGGAAAAAGUGAACAAUAAUCAUGUCCAGAUAGAGGAAUGAGAAAAUAGUAGUUCUUUCCUAAAGGAGAACUGAGGGGGAAGCAGGAAGGUUGUGAAGGGCUUCAAAAACUGUCAGGCAACACGAAUCUCCUUUACCACGUUUUUUAACUGGUGGAAAUGUUUCAGUGACACAAAUCUGUUCGUGAAGCAGAGUCUUUUUAUUACCAUGGGCUCAUUUAUCUGCUGCCUCUCGACCUCCAGCAUUUCUGAGCUAUGGAGUGCCCAGUUAUUCCUUGGUGUGGCAUAAACAAUGUGACAGUGCUCGCUCUCCUGAGUGCAACUUUGAAGAGUACCUGAGGGAAUAAAACCAGCUAAGUGGGGAUCCCCCAGGAAUGUGGUGUGGAAGAAGCCUGGCUGCCUGCAUACCAGCCAAGAUCUUAAUCAAAUCCCAGCAGAGCAGAGAUUUCAAAGAGUCCGAAGAGAAUUGUGUCAGAAGUUACAAUUUCACCUGAGAGGGAGAGGCAUUUCCACCUUGGCAGGUUGGGAAAAGGGUUUGGUGCCCCACUCAGCCUCACGGCGCUGAGUUCCACCGCACGUGUUGAGCCACAUCUUCUCCUGGCUGCCCUGAGCCACCUUCCCACUCAACCCUACAUGCCUCCUUCUGGUCUCAAAGUUGCUGAGUCCUGGAUCCUUCCUCUCCCCUGCAGGCACAAACCCACAGGGUUUUGCAUAGAAGGCCUGCUCCCAAGGGAAUGAAAAUAACUUCAUUCAACCUGUGAGGUCCCAGGAACUUCUCCCACAGCUGUCAUUGCAAAGCUCUGCCUGAGCCCAGGUUUCCAUGCCCCAGCUGGUGGAGAGGUGGUGAUGGGUUGGUGGCACCAAAGCCAGACUGUGUUCAGCACUCCGUCCUGGUGUGGCACAGCUCAGUGCCAUGUUCACGACCUCCACUGAUGCUUUCACCCCUUCCCUCAUUUAUGUCCCAUUUUAAGGCCUUUUUUGGCAAUGUCCCAUGCCACACCUACAUAAACACUUUACCUAAUUGCUCUCUGCAGACACCUUGCAGCAGAAAGGCAGAUGAGGCACCUCACGGACCCCCAACAGUCCCUUCUCUUACCUGCCUCCCUUCAGCCACUCAGUGUUCAUGCCAGACAUGACACAGGAACAUCAGAGAUGGUCCCUCCCAGUGUCUGCUUUGGUUCCAUGAGGUCAUGGUCCCUCCCAGCAUCUGCAGUUCAAAUCAGAAGCUGGGAGAAUGUUGGGCUCUGGGUGAUGGUCUCCCCAGUGCAUCACUGGAGGUGAGGGGAGCAACCUGCCUGUGUUGGCCAGAAUGGGGCAUGAGGUGUAGCCAAAAGGAUGGAGGGUAAUUAUUUGGAAAAAUAUUCUAAAAGCAAGGCUUUUUGGGGCAGGAAUGGGAGAUGGACUCCCUCCCAUGCUGUGCUCUUCCAUUCAAAUGCAAAAGCCAAGGUGGUAGCGAGGACAAGGCAUCAUUCACUCACAGGCAUAACCAAACAGUGCCAGCACCAGCAAGGCACAAAGUCUGAGCUCUUUGCGGCUGGAAAGAAGAUUUAAGUGUGCCAUUUCUUUGGUAUUUCAAAGAGAAUUAAGGUUGGGAUGCCUUUGACAAGUUGUUUUGGUUUAAGCCCAGCUGGGAUCUCAGCUCCACUCACUCACUCCCCAGGUGGGAUAGAGGAGAGAAUUGGAAGAGUAAAUCUAAGGACACCUGUGGGGUGGGAUAAAGACAGUUUAGUAGGUAAAGCAAGAGCUACACACACAAGCAAAGCAAACCAAGAAAUCAAUUCCCGACUUCCCAUGGGCAGGCAGGUGCUCAGCCAUCCCCAGGACAGCAGGGCUCCCUCACAUUUGGAAUGGUGACUUGAGAAGACAAACACCAUCACUCCAAAAAUUUCCUCCUUCCUUCUAUCCCCACUUUUGUAUGCUGAGCAUGAUGCCA